AUGCGUGAGCUGAAGCCAGAGGAGGUGGAAACCGUCUUUGGCAAGCUGGCUAAGUACAUAGGAAAGAACGUCGAGAAACUCAUUGACAGAAAUGACGGAAAGUACGUGUUCAGAGUUCUGAAAGAUCGAGUUUAUUACAUGUCACAGCAGCUCGAGAAAAUGGCUUCGAACAUCCCCCGAAAGCAGCUCAUUGGCUCUGGCCUGCUUAUCGGAAAAUUCACACACCAUAAGAAGUUUCACAUUAAGAUCACGGCACUUCCCCUACUAGCGGUCUUUGCACCCUAUAGGAUUCGCAUAACACCCGCUUCUGAGCUGUCAUUUCUUUAUAAAAAUGAUGUGAUGAAGUCCCACAUCACGCACAUGAGUGAAGGAAUUCCAGACAACGCUGGCGUAGUAAUUGUCAGCGCCGAUGAUCAACCCGUUGGGUUCGGAGUCACGACAAAAUCUGGGAACGAAGCACUGAACUCUGAUCCUGCCAGUAAAAUUGUCAUUCACCAGGCAGACGUAGGGGAAUUCUUGCGUGACCAGGACACGAUGUUUUAA